ACUCCCGACUCCAGACUCCCCCAAACCCCGACCGCCGGCCUGGCGCGCGGCUGCGCCCACCGGCUCCGCGCUGCUGCCGCCGCCACCGCCACCCCGCAGCCGCCCCGGCCCGCGGGCCGCCCAGGCUAGUGCCCGGGCCGGCCUGCCUCCGCCCGCCGUCCGGGUGCCCGCCGCCGCGCCGCGCCCCAGCCGGGCGUGGAUGGAGGGCGCCGCGCGCCCUGCCCGCUGCUCGGCGUGACGCGGGCCCCGCGCCCCGCGCCCACCAUGUCCUACCCGCAGGGUUACCUGUACCAGGCUCCCGGCUCUCUGGCGCUCUACUCGUGCCCGGCCUACGGCGCGUCGGCUUUGGCGGCUCCGCGCAGCGAGGAGCUGGCGCGCUCGGCGUCGGGCUCGGCGUUCAGCCCCUACCCGGGCUCGGCGGCCUUCACGGCGCAGGCGGCCACCGGCUUCGGGAGCCCGCUGCAGUACUCGGCCGACGCCGCCGCCGCCGCCGCCGGCUUCCCGUCCUACAUGGGCGCACCCUACGACGCGCACACCACCGGCAUGACCGGCGCCAUCAGCUACCACCCGUACGGCAGCGCGGCCUACCCGUACCAGCUCAACGACCCCGCGUACCGCAAGAACGCCACGCGGGACGCCACGGCCACUCUCAAGGCCUGGCUCAACGAGCACCGCAAGAACCCCUACCCCACCAAGGGCGAGAAGAUCAUGCUGGCCAUCAUCACCAAGAUGACCCUCACGCAGGUCUCUACCUGGUUCGCAAACGCGCGCCGGCGCCUCAAGAAGGAGAACAAGAUGACCUGGGCCCCGAGGAACAAAAGCGAAGAUGAGGACGAGGACGAGGGCGACGCGGCCAGAAGCAAGGACGAGAGUCCCGACAAGGCGCAGGAGGGCACAGAGACCUCGGCGGAGGACGAAGGGAUCAGCCUGCACGUGGACUCGCUCACGGAUCACUCGUGCUCGGCCGAGUCGGACGGGGAGAAGCUUCCGUGCCGCGCCGGGGACCCCCUGUGCGAAUCGGGCUCGGAGUGCAAGGACAAAUACGACGACCUGGAGGACGAUGAGGACGACGACGAGGAGGGCGAGCGGGGCCUGGCGCCGCCCAAGCCCGUGACCUCGUCGCCGCUCACCGGCUUGGAGGCGCCGCUGCUGAGCCCCCCGCCCGAGGCCGCGCCCCGCGGUGGCGGCAAGACGCCCCAGGGCAGCCGGACGUCUCCCGGCGCGCCGCCCCCCACCAGCAAGCCCAAGCUGUGGUCGCUGGCCGAGAUCGCCACGUCGGACCUCAAGCAGCCGAGCCUGGGCCCCGGCUGCGGGCCACCGGGGCUGCCCGCGGCCGCCGCGCCGGCCUCAUCGGGGGCACCGCCGGGAGGCUCGCCCUACCCUGCCUCGCCGCUGCUGGGUCGUCCCCUCUACUACACGUCGCCCUUCUACGGCAACUACACAAACUACGGGAACUUGAACGCGGCGCUGCAGGGCCAGGGUCUCCUGCGGUACAACUCCGCGGCCGCGGCCCCCGGCGAGGCCCUGCACACCGCGCCAAAGGCGGCCAGCGACGCGGGCAAGGCGGGCGCGCACCCGCUCGAGUCCCACUACCGGCCCCCGGGCGGCGGCUACGAGCCCAAGAAAGAUGCCAGCGAGGGCUGCACCGUGGUUGGCGGGGGCGUCCAGUCCUACCUAUAGAAGGGCCGAGCACAGCAAUGCAAGUAGGUGUCACAAUUGCUUUGAAAAAAAAAAAAAAAAAAAAAAAAAAGUCAGCAGGCCGUUCUCUCUUCCCAAGCUCAUAAAUUUACAGAUACAACAAACAGAUGUCUAAAUCCAGACCACAUCUUGUGCCACUGUAAAAGAGAAGGAUCCACACAGCACUGUCAGCCCACAGACUCUAACAAUUGGAACAGACUCUUGUUGGACACACGUGAAUCUGUUGGCAUAGUGUAGUUUCCCCGAUGUAUGUGUGACUUUUGAAAACAAUCUGUUUUUCUCAGGAUAUCUUGAAUUGAUCACUUCAUUGCCACGGUAUAUAUUCUAUAGGUGUGAUAGGAUUUACUGUAAAGUUUAUUUGUAAAAGAUGUACACAGUAGAAAUAAAACGUGAUUGAAAAACUUGAGUACUUCAGAAGUGGAAACAAAUUUGAUAUUUAUUUUUAUAAUGAUAUAAAGCUUCUAGUAAUUUAUGCAAGUUGUAUUGCAAUGGAAUCUAAACUUUUUGUAAAUAAAUUCUGCCUGGUUUUUAUUUGAACAUUGCUGGUUAUACAAUCUUUGUUGGUUGUUUAACACGAAUUCUUUACUAAUUUAUAUCUUAAAUUGUAAAUAAAAACAGACUAGUCUACAAUAA